GGCUGCUGGUGUGUCCCAGCCCUCUGCAUCCAGCGCAGCUGGUGCGUCGCUCCGCAGCUGCAGAGGUGCGCCACACUCACUAUGGCUUUAGCCGCAAGCAGGACGCUCUUAGCACUAUUCGUCACGUUUCUCGCGCCAGGAUGCGGAUGGGCAGCAGAGAAGCCCCUGCGGACACACAGUGGAAAACAGACCUCUCCGGACAAGGGUCUAAGGGAGAGUUGGGAGCCCUCUAUCCAUCUGGAUGGAAGACCUGUGGACCGCUUCGUAAUCAGCUCUAAUAAACCCACAAGGUCUCACCGCUUCACAAAAAUGGGCAAAGACGUCCGCUCUCCUCUGCUGGAGGAUGUCGACCCUGAAUGGGUUAACCUGGAUGGAUUUGCUGUGUUGGGCGGUGCACCUGUCAACAACUCAUCAACAGGUCCGGUCAGGUUUUCACAAACUGCAGUCAGAAAUCAUCCCUCUGUCAAGAGGGCCACCAGGGUGGACAGGACGAUUCACCCAUCAGGGGUUUCCAACACUCGGACACACAGGAGGGCACCUCAGUCCUCCUCCGGUCCAAGGCAGCCUGAGAGAGCUGUGGCAGGAACCCCCCUGCUGGAGAGGAGACAGCGUCACAACACCAAACCGCAAUCGGAUCAGAGGAACCGCAACAUGCCAAAACUAACAUCUGAGUCCGUUCAUGUGGUGUCACUGCAGGCACAGAAGGUCCUGGGCAAGAGAGCACCCGCCAACAGAGCAGUCGCAACUAAAAUAACCACACCAGAACCACCAGAGUACGAGGCUCGGGACAUAAGUGUCAGGGUCAUGUCUCCUCAGUCCGUCCUUAUCUCCUGGGUGGACCCCCCACUCGAGAUGGGGAAAGUGGACCCCGAGGAAAUCAGAUCCUACACAGUUAGGUACAGGGAGAAGGGCGAGUCGGCUCGCUGGGAGUACAAAGACAGCACCCAGAGGCGAAUGAUGAUAGAGUCACUGUCUGCCGACAGCAUGUAUGAAUUCUCAGUAAGAAUCUCCCAGGACGAAAAUCAUGGCAAGUGGAGCGUCUCAGUCUUUCAAAGGACUCCUGAGUCAGCACCAUCUGGACCACCGGAGAACUUUGAAGUCAAGCCACUAAGAGGAAAAGGAACUGCUGUCAUUGCAACAUGGGAUCCACCUGAGGAACCCAAUGGCAGGAUAAGAGAAUACAUCAUGUCUUAUGCUCCUGCCAUGAAGCCAUUUGGAAUGAAAAGUGUGACAUACCGUGGAAGCACCACAACAGCCACAGUAGAGGGCCUCACACCGGGAGACAGGUACAUCUUCAAGAUUAGAGCCACCAAUAGAAGGGGACAGGGACCACAAAGCAAGGCCUUCAGUGUUGCCAUGCCAGGAUCCAGCAGCACUGCCUCGUCGUUCUCAAAACCCAAGGUCAUCCACAGGCCUAGCUACACUCCUUCCGAACUGGAAAUUGACAAUGAGGAAUCUGAACCCUUGUCAACAGAAGCACCAGAGGAGCCAACCACAAUGUCACCAGUCACCAGUCCUCAGACGCGCCCUGUUGCAUCCGUCAACAGGCGUCAACGCCCGCUUUCUCAGACACGCUCUUAUCACAGCAUCUUCUCCUCUGUAAGGGGCUUGGGUAGGAACUCGGGAAACAGGGGUUCCUCCAGAGGAAGGGGUCAAGAUAGAGAAGAUGAAGAGAAGGAAGAUGAGACAAUACCCACAACACCACCUCCAGUCAAAGAAACAACAACAUUGAAGGUUGUUCUUGAGACAAAAGAACCAGACAAUGACGUGUCUCCUGAAUUUGAGGAGGAUGCAAGAUAUAAUGAGGAGCCGCGAACUACUGAAACACCCAGCCUCAAAGUUUUGACACCCUCACCAAAUAAACCAGUUUUUGCUCAACCCAAACCACUUCCCAGAAGGCCCAUUAAAAUAAGGGUCCAUAAAAAAACAGCAUCUAAUUCUGCUUCAUCAUCAUCAUCUUCAUCCUCCUCUAUUCCCUCUUCUGAUUCAUCAUCAUCUUCUUCUCCCUCCAUUCCCUCUUCAUCGCCCUCAACCUCACCUUCUUCCCCCUCUUUAUCAUCCUCCUCACAUAUUCAAGAGUCUGCAGCCAGUAGAGAGGAGUAUGUGGCAUCUUCAUACCCCAAGAGUGAAGAUACCUAUGGUAAGGACACAGUUAGUUACAACAAACCUUCCACUCCAGUUCUUAAAGAGGACAGUUCACAGCAGUCAGGGACUGCCCCUCUUGGUAGAAGUCCAGCUUCAGGAGGCCGCAACAGUGGGUCUAACUUUGGUUCUAGAUAUGGUUUUAGUCGAAGACGUCCUUUGUUAAGAGGCAAUUCAACUCGAAUGCUGAAUGGUUAUAAACCUGUCAUCACCUCACAGUUGAAUAUGCCAAGCAGAACUCUAAACCCCGCAACAUCAAAGACACAUAUUUCAGCAUCAUCACAAGCCACUGUACCAGAAAGGACUAACAGCCAAACAACAUCUGAUACGUAUAAUUCCGACAGGCCUCAGACUAGCUCACAGUCCAGGUCACAUGGCGUUAAAAUAUCAGAUAAACAAAGCUCAAGCAUUUUGCCAUCAACAUCACAAAGCAGCUCACAACAUCCAUCCACUGCCGCUACAUCUGGUUCUCAUCCAUCAAUAUCACACAGAGGCUCUCACAGCUCUGCAACGUCACAUAGCACACACAACUCAAACACAUCACCUGAGGUAGAUUUAACAUACAGCAAAGGAAAUUAUGACAGUCAAAUUAAAAACGCAGAUACAGAAGUAGCAAAAGUUGAGGAGCCUAGUGAGGAGCCUACGUUAAGCACUAAAACACAACCCACAGAGGAGAGUGUAAAGAAAGAAGGAAGGGAGGAGAGCACUGAUGUAAAACCUGCGGUUUCUCGUACCAGAAUUAGCCCAUCAAUGCUUGAAAGGUUCCCCUGGCUAGCUAGUCAUUAUCCAGGCAGAGGAACUUCAGGAACAAGGACAUCAUCUUCCCGGCAGGAUGGAAGGACGCCAUGGACUAGGACUUCAUCCUCUGUAGGGGCUGGCAGACCCAUCUUAAGGGGGACACCCACCAGGAUCUCAGGUGCCACAGGUGCCUCUGGGGUGUCCACAAUACAGGAGACCAGUGAAGAUCUAAAUGCUCCUUCCACUGAUGACUCACUAAAGAAUGGGGUUAGGGCAAGCUCUAUUAAGCCACCUUUGAUUGAUAAAAAUAUUGCAUCCAGUGACUCUAAAAACCCAAUUACCCCCUCCUCUUCUUCACCAUCCACUUCUUCAAAUUCCCAUCAUUCUAUGAGUGGACACAGAAACUCAAGCGGGACCAUUCAUAGAGGAACAUCUCGUAACAAUAAUAAUAAUAAUCAUGAUAAGUCUUAUGUUGACGUAGGGAGUCGGGAAGUUAGUGGGAAAAAUGACAAAGUUUCAGAUCCCAUUGUCUCUCAGAAGAGUCCUGCUGUUCCACCCGCUGACCUUGACAGAAACAUAGAGGACAACGAGAGUGUGGAUACAAGGGAAACUACCUCUGAGACCAGAACAGGCACAUCUUUAAGAAUCACUCCAACUCUCCGUCGUCCUGGUGUGGGGGCGAAUGGGAGGGUACGCUCCCCUCUGUCGGCUAACAGGCAUUUUGGUGGGUCUAGAAUUCCCUUCAGACCACAACCGGCUCAGAACACAAGACUGGGUUCGUCAACACCUGAAUCAUUUUCAUCCUCGUUUGAUUCUUCUUCGUCAAAUUCACCUCAAUCAGUGUUGACUUCAGAUAAUGAAGCUGGCACUGACACUACUGAGACAAAGACAGAGGCAAAAACUGGAGGAAACUCACAGUCCACAGUGUCAUCAUCUUCAGCUUCUUCUUCAUCCAGAGACAGCUUUAGGGGACAGGGGUCUAGGCCUCGGUACCCUAUCACCAGAGGGAAACCAACCAAUGGAGGCUCAUCCAAACCUGCCAUAGGAAAUGGUAAAAAUGGACGAUCCAACCUGACACCAGCAAACAAUAAAGAUUCCUCCACAUCUCAUGGAACCAGUAAGGCUACUGGUCAAAGGUUCAUCACUGGACCUGAUGGAACCAAAUGGGUGGCAGACUUGGAGAGGGGGAUUCUUAUGAACCAGGAUGGACAAAUCCUCCAGGACUCCCAAGGCAAACCCAAGAGAAUAGUGCUUGGCGAGGAUGGCCGCACAAUUUUUGACCACAGGGGCAGUCCACUGUUAAACCAGGAAGGUAUGGCACUGUUUGGCCAUGGCAGAGAUAGUCGGCCUGUGAUCAACCCAAAGGAGAAGGUCCUCAUGAUUGGAGGGAAACCUGUGCUUGGCUUGGACCUGCCUAACCGCAGGACAUCGACCACCACCACGACCACCGCCACCACCACCACCACCACCACCACCACCACCACUGCUCCUACCACCACUGCAAUCACCACAGAGGAGCCUACCACUGCAAUGCCGUACCCAACCUGUCCACCAGGAACCUUUUCUAAAACAAAUGAGUAUGGGUAUCCAGUUCUGGAUGAAGAAGGAAUAUUGGACUGUUAUCCAGAAGAGGAAUCCUCAGGAUUGGAAAUGGACUUCAUGGUUACAGUGACCAUGGUGCCUGAUGCUUUAGCUCUUAAGAAAGAUGAGCUUUUCACUCAGACCACCCUGCCACCGCCUACCACCACCUUUCCCACCACCACCAUGGAAAUCGUGACUCCAGCCCCACAGACAAGACCUUCCAACCAAGGCCCUUCAUCUGAGUUUGACCUCAGUGGGAAGAGGCGAUUCACAGCUCCCUAUGUGAACUAUAUCCGGAAGGACCCAGGUGCUCCCUGCUCCUUGACCGAGGCUCUGGAGUUUCUGCAGGUCGAUGUCCUGGAAGACCUGAUGAAGAAGGACAUUGGAGCCCUUCAGAACCAGCCUCCCAAGAACAAGCCCCAGAACAUCACUGUGGUCGCCAUGGAGGGCUGCCACUCAUUCAUCAUCCUGGACUGGGCUCUCCCGAUGAAAGGGGAUAUGGUGUCAGGCUACAUGGUUCACAGUGCUUCGUAUGACGACGUCCUCAAUGACAGAUGGUCCUUGGGAUCGUCCAGCGGGACACACCUGGCCGUGGAGAACCUCAAACCCAACUCUAGGUACUACUUCAAAGUGCAGGCCAAGAAUGUGUUUGGUUUGGGUCCAAUCAGCGAGACGCUCACCUAUGUCACUGAAUCAGAUGAUCCUCUUCUCAUCGAAAGGCCACCUGGUGGAGAGCCCAUCUGGGUCCCCUUCAGCUUCAAGUACAACUCGGCGCACAGCAGCUGUAAGGGCAGCCAGUACGUCAAGCGCACAUGGUACAGGAAGUUUGUGGGCGUGGUUCUGUGCAACUCCCUGCGAUACAAGAUUUUCAUGGGCGACGGUCUCCGAGAGCCUUUUUAUAGUAUAGGAGACACGUUUGGACAGGGGGAGGACCACUGCCAGUUUGUAGAUUCCUACAGGGAUGGAAGGACAGGCCCGGCUUACCUCUCAAAUUACCUGCCCUCGGCACAAGGUUAUUAUCGCGCGUACAGACAGGAGCCAGUUACAUUUGGAGUCAUUGGCAGACGUACGUCCCAUCCGUUCGUGGGUUGGUAUGAAUGUGGAGUGCCCAUCCCUGGGAAGUGGUAACAAGAGGAACGAGGAGAAGACAUUUCCUUUUGGGCAACUGGUCUGCAUCCUGUUGCAGGCUCACACCUUCACUGGUCCUGCCCUUAAUCACAGACUUUUGCCUGCCACGAGAGAAUUAAAAGAAGACACCACUACAAAUGUAUUACAGCUUCACCGAAAGAGAAUAUAGUACUGUUAAAUAACUCAAUGUAUAUCACUACAAUGCACUUUUUUUUUUUUAUAUAAAGCAGUCUGUAUAUGAGGGAAUAAGAAGCAUGUGUGCUCUUGCUUUGUUUAACUCUUGUCUAAAAAGUGUCCUUGUACUAUUCCUAAUUAUGCCAGAGACAGGUCCUUACCCAGUGUUAUUUAUCUCACCAAUAAUCCACACGUGGUCAAACCAAACCAGUGACAUUGGACCAAAGCACGAGCUGUAAAGACAACUGUAACAACAGGCACCAAAGGUGUGUGUGUGUGUGUAGGUCUGUUCAUUUCCAGUUGUGAGAUUUGCCUUUGAUCAUGUAACAGCUUUUCACAGCUCCUUUUUUGUUUUGUUUUUAUACCCUUUUGGUAUUCACAAGAAUAUUCACAAGAGUUUUGUACGUUUUGUAUGUACACAGACAAAGAAUAAAGGACCAAAUCCUUGCUCAGGAACCGUGGAAGAUUGAAUAAAGGUGCUAAGAAAAAGAAAAAAACCCACAACAAUCCAAAAACAUGAAUCAUAACAUAAUUCUCCUGGUGCCACAUUCUUCCCCGAGCAGACGCCUCCACACGUGAUCCAGGUCCACUUAAUCAGACUAAUGGAAGACGUGAGUAAGAGGGAGUUUGGAUGAGCCAGUUGGAACGGCAACUGAUGAAGAAAAAAUACUGUUUAAUGAAAUGUGAAAAAGACUGUAUUGUAGACAGAGGACGGUGAGAAGGAAAAAGAUCCAUUGGUGUAAGGCAUGCAAGCAAAUCAGUCACAUGAGUCCUGUGUUGAUUAUUAACACACCUACAUAUACAAACUGGAUUUGUAAUGCAUGCAUUUGUUGAGAAAAUGAUAAUAAAUUCACUGCAGAUUUUUUGGGAAAACUAAGCACAUCAAACUAUUGGCAAUUUCUGUCAAUUAAUCACGUAGACUGAAGAAAAAUUAAAAAAUUGAGAAGUUAUGCAGGCACGGAAUUUCUUAGCAGAGUUAUGGGCAUUUAUUUGCAAUAUUAUACAUUAGCGAUAAUGGUAUUUGUAAAGUGUAAAGAUUUCACUGAUUUAUGAUUCUGAUGCUUGAUGCUUGCUAUGAUUGUGGCUAAUAUUACACCUGUCCCUUUCACCAGAAACUCUCCAAGAAAACUCUGGCAAGGAAAGUAUUUCAAAUUAUUCAGGCUUUAAAAAUCGUAACACAUAUAUCCCUAAUAAUCUGUCAUGAAACAGACACAUUUGCUUCUUUGUUGCUACAAAGUUCUGAAUACUUGCUCGUCACAGAGCAAGUACAGCUGCACUGUUGAAUUUGGAAAGAAUUUAAAUGAUUAUGCUCUCUGUUCUGGAUGAUUUGAAACUAACGAUAUCAAAUGACUUAGUGGACUUAAAUGUGCAGUUACUGCUGCUUUAAGGUCAGACCAAAUCUUUCACAGGGCUAAAGACUUUUUUGUUUUAAUGCCCCAAAGUCCACUGUGGUGCCCAGAAUUUUCCUUUUGUUGUUUGAACAUGAAUUAUAGUCCAUCAGCGUGAAACAACUGUGAUGAAACUAGUAAAAGUAUACUCUGAAGCGGGUCAGCACCGCGGGUGGAAAAUCUUACACAGACAAGACAAAAUAAAUGGAUCGCUCUAUUUCA